AUGGCGAAACAAGAUGGUGUACAUGGCAUGUUCACCGUUACAUCAGGAUGUGUGUGCUUCGGAUCCCUCCAUAAUAUCUGGGGCGGAUCUCUUGCCCCAGUCCAGCCCUUCUGCCAGGUCAAACCUCAGUCAUCGGGUACAGUUCUGGCCCACGAGUUCAAGCACAACAUCGCUGCAGUGAAUGGAACCUGGAAUGUGUUCCAGCUUAAAGAUCUCCGAUCAGGACAAGCUUCUGGCUGGUUCGCAUGCCAUAUCAAUGUGGAUCCAGGUCGCGAAAUUGAGAAAAUCCUCACCAUCUCUGGGUCACCAUAUGAGGACAACCACGGCAGCACUAUGAACAAUGACACUACGUUCGAUAAUGGUGUCUUUGUCAUCAACCGGUAUGACUGGGGCUACUACGCUCAUGAGUUCCUCGAGGAGAUUGGCGAGGGAGUUUCAGAAGGCGAUGCCGAUGUGCUCGCGGACUCUAAUUCGGCAGGCCUUGCAGACUACGCACAGGCGCAGGCGAAAGUCCAGGAAUGGCGACAGUGCAAGCCUAGUAGGCGACGCAUUUCGGAUGGUGGUGUCUGGAUGUAUUCCCCUGAUGCAGAGUACAUGUUUGGCCGCUUUGGUUUCAACGAAGCCCGGACUGGGGCGCAUUCAUUUUUGUUCUUUUCCACAAAUACUGAAUUUUCUCACACCGUUAUAGCAGGCCGCUCAGAGACCCUGCGCCAAGAAGAUAAUUUAAAUAUAUGA